CCUACGAGGCGAGUCCGUGCACUUUACGCACUUUUGGCGCGAGUGUUAAUUGCCAAGGAACACGGUGACGCGAAUCGAUGUCGCCCACGAUUCCGAUACUUUCCGCUCUGUUGCUCUCGUUGAUAUCAGGAUCAACGGAGGGCAGGGGACAGGGGAUGGAUCCCGUUUCGCUGUUGCGACAAACUCUCCGAUAUUGGCGGAAAAUAUACAAGACGUACAACGAGGAGGUAACUCUCGGUUACUGUUGGGCGGACUAUUUGCUCGAGAUAAGCAACGAAUUGUCGGCGAAUCUCACCGCACCGUCGCUCGGCACGACGGGAGAAAAUCGCCCCGGCGCGACGAAAAGCCAGCAAAAUCCAUUUCCGCGAUACGUAAUGGCCGAUGCGGCGACGCUGCCGUUCGGAGAAACACGGGGGGGAGGAGGAAAAUAUCCACGAGAGAAGCGGUCGCACGCGACGGCGAGAUCCUCCGCUAUUUCCAAGUCUAGAAACGACCCUGGCGGGCGUCGAAUUGCUUCGAAAUCGAAAAUAAUUCAAAGACGAGGGAGAGGAGUAACGAAUAAAACUUCGUGCUCAGUUGCGCCGAACAGCUAUGCGAAACGGAGCAGCGAAAUUGAUAAAUACGAAGGGAUUACGCCGACCGAGGGUUCCUACGCAAAUAAAAGACAGCGAGCACUGCCGAUCGUGCCGGAACUUUUGUACGACGGACGGAAGGAGCCGCGGGAUGGUCACGAGUUUUUAUCCCGCGGGACGAGUUCGCACGCCGUUAAUCCGACGCCUAAUCCCAAGGACGACGACAAAGUCGAUUCCGGAUCGGCGUACCUCGGGGAGGAUUCGCGUCGUAAAGUUUUACGUUCGCUGACGAACCCUGAGUCUGAGGACGCAUCAUUUUCACUCAGAGUUGCCCGAGAACGAGGAUCGCUCGGCGGCCAUCGGUUCUCCUCUCGGCUCGGCUCGUCAUCGCAAAAAAGAAAUUCGAGAGUCGACGAAACGUCACGCGAUCUCUGGACGUCGCGGGAGGAUCGCGGGAGGAUCGAGGGUGAUUCCGCGGGAAAUCCCCGCGCCCCUUCGACAAACAACGACGGAGAUUCAUCGUCGCCGCCGCCGUCGCGUUCGCAGUUCCGGCGAGUAAACGUGGACGUGAGGCGUCCCCGUACGAGCAUCGUAAAGUUGAUGGUUUCUGAAGGAAAUUCAUCGCGUGACCCGGCGAUAAAGACCUCGGAGACGCCCCGUCGGAAGCCCGAGGAAUUAUCCUGCGAUUCGCUUUUAUCGCCACGCGGAGGAAGUAUCAUCUCCGAGCAGUCGUCCUUCGAGUCUCGAGGAGGUGGAGGGGAGGCUGUUAAGAAAGACGCGUCGUCCCCGCGAUUCGGGAUUGCCGGAAGAAGCGACGCGAAGAAGCAACGCUCUCGGCAACCCCCCCCGGGAGAGGAGGAAGGAUCGCGGACCGGAAGGGACAUUUCAGCGGCACCGGCAGCGGUACAUCCGUUCUUUUCGUCGAUGCUCGAACGACCGCGCCGGCGAGCGCUUUACAAACAUCGUGGCUUCUCCCCCGAUUUCCCGCAGGGGAGAAUUCCGCAGAAAUCGAGGCGGAACGACGACCCCGUUCGAGUCGUCGCGAGAAGCGCGCCUUCAUUGUCUAGCGUUCGAUGGUUUAUCGAGAGUUAUGAGGACUCGACAAGCCGAUCGACACAAAAUUCAAAACUAACCGCGUCGCAAGCUCCCCAGGAUCGAGAUAAAUUGUCCCUUGUCCAGCCGGUCUCUUUCGUGUCCAGCGUACGUACGUUUGUUAUCGCUGCUCUCAGAACACUGGGAAUGUUCGUUCAAAUAGGCCGACAAAUCAUGGAUGUCGUAGAAACGAACGCGGCUCUCGUCUGCACGAAGGAAUAUUUAUGGAUCAAAAUUAUCAGAUGGAUAGAUGGAUAGCGUAAAAAGCUGAAAGGUUUUGACGCUAUCCCUUUCCAAAUCUCCGAGCAUUCGAGAUGAACAAAUAGAGAGAAAUUUUGAAAUGUGACGGUGAAAUAAAAGAUUCUCCAUUAUUUUAUCGAAA